AACAUUUGUGAGAAAGCAGCAACGUAACAAUGGCCGGCAUGUACACAAAACAACAUAGAUGUYCAUUUUGUGUCAUAUAAAUAAAAUAAACAUGGAAAAGGAGGAAUGUUUGAAGACAAUUAUUAAUAUUGUCCGUAUUGUCAAUACAGUACAUGAAGUGUUCCAGGACCUCAAUAUAAACUCCCGAAGGUGGUGGGUUCGUCCUGUCAAUAUCUCACGCGAAGAGGAACGAUUCUACAAAACUUGCAUCAAACAACUUCAGGAAAUGGAUGAGGAGCAUUUUUAUAAAGCUACGAGAAUGAGAGUUGCUAAUUACAAUUUAUUGUUGUCGCUAUUAAAGCCACGACUACCACGUUUUGCAUAUAGAAAACCAAUUCCGCCUGAUACUCGUUUGGUGGUCACAUUAAUUUUCUUGGCACAAGGAUGUAAUUUCAAUAUUCUAUCGUGGUCUUUCAAACUUGGAGUUUCGACAGUCCGAAAAAUUAUAUAUGAAAYAUGUGACGCUAUUUGGGAUGAAUUGCAUGAUGCAUAUUUGUUAACACCAAACUCACACGAACUUCGAGAUAUUGCAAACAAGUUCUGUGUAAAUACUGGAAUGCCGAAUUGCUUAGGAGCUAUAGAUGGGAAGCACAUUCGUAUAAAAAGCCCAAGAAAUAGCGGAUCGUUGUACUACAAUUAUAAAAAAACGUUUAGCAUUGUACUAAUGGCAGUGAGUGAUGCUAAUUACGUGUUCACAUAUGUUGAUGUCGGUGCUCUAGGAAGCCAAAGUGACGGUGGAAUAUUUG